GCGGACGGACCAGCUUCGUGUGUUGAGAGAAAAUCCUCUAAUUCAACCGUGACUGUUUUAAACUGAUUUUGUUUUUUAUUUGUGUUCAUUAUAAAAGCCUGACGAGUGUCUAAACGCUCUGUAUACGCAUGUAAAGAAGAUUAAGUACCAAAAUUCAAGCUAUGGCUGGACCUGUGAGCCUAGAAUUAGACCCAAUCUUCCUCAAAGGGCUUGGAUACCUUCACUCCAAAAGCAAAGACUCUGCAGAGAAACUCAAGGCUCUGCUGGAUGAGUCUUUGGCCAGAGGAAGUGAUUCAGCCUACAGGACUUCUCUGAAGGAAGCUGAGGUGACAAAGGUGUCAGUAUCAAAAAUAAACAAACAGGACUCCAAAUCAUCGUCUAGUUCAUCGUCCUCUAGUAGCAGCAGUAGCAAGUCUGGCGGCUCAGAGAAAGGCAAGAAAGAAGGAGAAAAAAGAUCUGCUGAGAAGGUAAGAGUUGAAUCUGGAGAUGGAGGAGAUCUGCCAAAGAAGCCGCGCAUCGACAAACCCGAAAACCGCUCUUCUCCCAUUGCCUUCCAACCCAAAGACAUCCCCAUCUCAGACUUCAGCUACAGUGACGAAACCAAUGCUGACGACUUUGCCAUGGAGAUGGGCCUUGUCUGUGUCGUCUGCAGACAGAUGAAUGUCUCUUCAGGCAAUCAGCUGGUGGAGUGUCAAGAGUGUCACAAUCUGUAUCAUCAGGAAUGUCACAAACCUCAGGUUACGGAUAAGGAUGUUAAUGACCCACGGCUGGUGUGGUACUGCGCCCGCUGUACCAGACAAAUGAAGCGCAUGGCUCAGAAGACCCAGAAACCCCCCCAGAAGCCGGCAGCUGCAGUGACGUCUGCGGCUCCGGUGGUGAAAGACCCGCUGGUGAAGAAGCCGGAGAUGAAACUGAAACCCGAAACUGCAGGGUCCUUCCAGGCCUUCAAGAGAACGGAGGUUAAGGUGUCCACAGCAGCAUCAGGGAAUUCGUCUGGCGGCGGUUCGUCUCUACCCUCAGGCAGUGGUCUCACAGGCUGGGCUGCUUUCACCAAAACCUCCACAGCGGGGGCGUCCAGCAGUAAGCUUGGGGGUAGCAGCCAGCCAGGGGCUGCGAAGCCCCCCCAGGCACCCCCAGGAUCCAAACCCAUGGGUCUGUCCGCUCUGGCCAGUGUGAAGCCGGGUGCUAAAGCUCCGGGCAGCAGUGGAAGUGGGAACAAUGGAAAUAACGGUUCUGGAUCAGCACCGCUGAAGUCUCCACCUCCACUAACACUUGGCAAACAGGUACUGAGCCGCUCCUCCAGUGGAGACAGCCUGGGGAAACUGACUGUAACUGGGUCCUCGUCACCAGGGGCAUCCUCCUCCAGCAAUUUGGGGGGCAACGGAGGAUCUGGAAACGGAGGUGGAAAUGGAGGUAAUAGUAGCAGUAGCGCUGGCAGCAGCAGUGCUAGCAGCAAUAAUAACAAUAACAGCAACAAUGCGGCUAAAGCUUCAGCUGACGGAAAAACACCAACAUCACAGGAGUCCCAGCUAAAUGCCAUGAAGCGUCUGCAGAUGGUGAAGAAAAAAGCAGCGCAGAGGAAACUAAAGAAAUAAGACUGAAUAGUGUUCAAUAAACACACUUUGCAAAGAAGGAUAAUGUUGGCAAGUGAAAUCAUGUUAAGUCUCUUGAAUAUAUGUAAAAUUUCUCAUUAUGAGCUUAGGAAGAAAUUAUAAGAUGAUCCAACCUAUUUCAUGAUUUUUUUUCCCCUUGUUUUAUGUAAUAAUCUUAUUCCAUUGGCAAAUCAUUUUGGCAUUUAAAGAAAAGAUACUAUAAUGGAAGGAAACAUCUGCCAAAUGUCAUUUCACUGGAUAAAAUUGCUUAAAACUAAAAAAAUAGGAAAUUUAAUAACAGCCCCAUAAUGAAAAUUAAUAUAUAUAUAUAUAGACUAGAUUUAAGAUGUUUUCAGUUGCAGAAGUAUCAUUUUUUGCAGUGCAAUGCCCAAAUUCUGAACUAGUACUUGAAUCUUGCUGUAUAGACGCUGCUGAGUGAUGAAAUGCUUCUCUGUGGUGGAUGUGUGCCUCAUCUGGUCUAAAAUGACAGCACUGAUAAACUAAUGCUUUUAAAGACACCUUUAAUAAAUAACACCUUUUCAAAAAAAAACAUAGAUGGAAUAUGAUUAUUUU